GUUAGCAGUUUACAAACAAACCAUCUUGUGAACAGCAUAUCACAUACACUUGCUCAAGUAGAAAAAGCCAAAGCUGCCAAGAAAUGCGAGGUAUGUUGUCUGAAAAGAGUCGUCAAUCCACCAACGGCAACAAAACAUUGUUUGAACUGUGAGGAAAGUAUGUGUAGUGAUUGUUCUUCGGACCAUGUUCUUCAUAAGUUAAACCGUGACCACAAACUCUUUCCUGUGGAUCAGUUAGACAGUGACGAAUACGUAACAGAGCUGCAUUCCCGACAAAACGUCCUCUGUGACCACAACAACAAGGAACCCGUAGAAAUCUACUGUCCAGUGUGUAAAAAGUACAUCUGCGCUACGUGUAUGUUUUUGGAACACAAGGAUCAUGAUUGCCUUAGGAUCAAAACUGCUGCUGACAAACGCAAGGAAAAACUGGCACUCCUCGUUAGACCCAUUGAGAAGAAAAGUCUACUCUACGAUCAGUUCAAGACCGCCGCUGAAGACCAGAAAAAGUCGGUUGAAGAAGGAAGAAAGAAGGCAAAGAGUCAGGUUAACAACCAGAUGGAGCUAGUUAUUAAGAUGGUCCGCCAACAUGCCAAGAGUCUUCUGGAAGAAAUAGAUGCCAAGUCGAAUGCAAAACUAGAGGUUUUAAAUGCUUUAAUUGCAACUGCUACCGUUGAGCAAAAUCAACUGGACGACGUUGUAGAAUUCUCAAGAAAGCUCAUAAACCAUGGGAACGACAUGGAUGUCCUGCAAAUGGCCUCCGCCUGUGAGCAAAGCAGCAAGAGCGUCCAGAAUCUCGACAUCCCGACCCUGCCCACAGCCAUGACCCAGCUACAGCUUAUCACCAACGACAAGGAGGAAUGCGUUACCAAUAUCAACCGUUGCCUUGGAGACCUGGUUCCCGCUGUGAGUGGAAGACUGGUGACAUCAUUCAUAGUAGGGCUAUCCAAGACUCCUGAGGAGGUGAUCACUCACGUGACCACUGAUACAAAUGGUGACAUCCUUAUUGGUAUUUGGUGUAAUGAGGACUUUUCAAGGAAUAGAAUCCACAUCUACGAUACCACCUUUGUCCUACAGGGCACAAUUCAACGGGCAGCAGAAAAGGGUGGCUUUGCUGGGGUUGCCAUUGAUGAUGACGGUAACAUCGUCACUAGAUGUCAGUGUUCAAAUGAAAUCAUUGUCUACACCAAGACAGGGGACCACGUGAGAACAUUCCACAGUGAGUCACCUCAGGCAGUAGCGGUCAACAGCAAGGGUCACUAUGUGGUGGCCGGUCGUAAUACUCUGACUGUGCACCACAAGAAUGGCAAGGUUCUGCAGACGACACCAGACCCUGGAGGGGUUAUAUAUUUCAAAUACAUCCACUGCAACGUGAAUGAUGACGUCAUCGUCACAGAUCCAGGAGAUCAUCACAUCCGUGUAUACAAUUCUACUCUCCAGCUUAAAUACAGAUAUGGUACCAAGGGUGAUGGGGACGGACAGGUGAACAUUCCACGUGGCAUAUGCUGCUUGGAUAAUGGAGACAUAAUUCUAGCAGACUUCAACAACCAUUGUCUACACCUGGUGUCAUCAGAUGGGAAAUUCAAGCAGUUUCUUUUAAGCAGCAAUGGACUACGCUAUCCGAGAGAUGUUACAAUAAGCCAUCUCGGAAAACUAGUCGUUGGGGAAAGUAACGGCAAGAUUAAAUUUUUUGAAUUAUGA